AUGAAUCGUAAAGUCAUUUUAUUAAUUUUCUUCUGUUUUCACUCAUCGACAGCUGGGCUGAAUAAAUGUUGCCCAGAAAAUGAAGUCGUACAAAUUGAUUCUAUCGAAGAUAACAAUUUAUCUCCUCGAGAACGUUUCAGUUGCGUGAAAAAGCCAUCGAAACUUAAUAAUGUCAAAAGAAAGCGUGAAUCGGAAAAUUAUGAGAUUAAUAAUAUUACAAUUCCCAUAAAUUUGAUUGCCUACAACAUUUUAAUUGAUGAAAACACCCACUGGCCAGCAUGUGAAGUAUCAUCAUUUAUGAUCCUAACUGGAUCAAUGGAAGUCAGUCAAUCGAAGAGUUGUGUGGACAUAAUGGAUAGUGAUUAUUACGUCUUCUUUUGUGAUGAAAUGAUAGAAACUGAUGAAAAUGAUUCAUUAAAUGUCUUUAAAUUACAAAAGUGUUGUCAAAAAGACUUUUCUUACGACGUCUUUGCAAGAAAAUGUGUAAUUAACAACGAGACAACAUUAAAUGAAGAAUUCAAUACAUUCCUUCAUAACAAGACAAUUAUGUUCGAUUCUGGAAUUCCAGAAUGCAAACCUGAUGAUGUUCUUGUCGAAUAUCAUUCUAAUGUUCACUUAUUAAAAAUGUAUGAGAAUUCUUUGAUUGUAAUGAAAACAGCCGAAAGUGGUCCCGAAAAGUUCAAUGAUAAAAGUUUCUGCGUUGAGAGCACCUUAAACUCAGAACAUGAAAUCGCUGACAGUUCAAUACAAUCUCAGUUGAAAAUGUCAUCCAAGUGGAUUGCAAAAGUGUGUCGACCAGCAAAUGUUAUCUGUAAGAAAAUGCCGUGCGUGCGAAAAUGUUGUAAAGAAGGUCAAAGGAUGGUUUAUGAAAAUGAAACAUUCUGUGAAGAUCAUAACUCUCAUUUGGAUAUGAAAUUUCAUUCAUUCAACUUUGAGUCAUCGCCUGAAGAGCCAAACGAAGUAGAACCAAGUGGUAAGGUUUUAAUCAAAGUCAUCUGGAAAAAUAGAAAUUUACAAUACGGAAAAUAUUUUGAAACGAAACCUGAUUUAUUUAAAGUUUACAAUAACACACCUGGUAUCAUCGCUCCAGAGUACGGAAUAUUGAUGCCAAAACAUUGUGACAAAUUUAUGUUGGAUCGAGAAGAAGAUGCACAUUAUAUCAGUGGAAUUGAUGGUAGUCUCUUUAUUUCAACGAUGGAAAAAUUCCAUUCAAAUAACGAUUAUUGUGUUGACUUCUUUUAUACAAAAGACGAAAUCGAUCCUGAGGUUGACGUCAUUCAGGGCGUAACGUUCGUCUGUUUUGACGAAGAUGAGACAAGAAUGAUUAGACUUCGUUUUCAAAUUUAUGCCACACUUUUAGCCAUUUCCGCUGGCUUCUUAGGCAUCACAUUUAUUGUUUACAUUUUUCUCCCUAAACUUUUAAACCUACAUGGAAAAACGCUAGUGUGUCAUGUUCUUAGUCUAUUUACCGCUUACUCAUUCUUAUCAGCUGUUCAAUUUGCGACAGAUGUUAAAAUGACUUACUGUAAAUGCAUUGGUUACAUUGUUUACUUCAGUUUCUUAUCAGCACUGCUUGAUUCCCUCGUAGCAUUUAUUAAGUCGAUUCGAAUGUCGCAUGGCAUCAGACGAACGAAGGAGGUGAAAAGAUUCUUUUGCUACUCACUAUAUGCUUGGGGCUUUCCUUGUCUUGUUACAAUUCAUACGUACAUGUUGGAUUCACAUAAUGUUUUACCGGAAAAAUUCAAACCAAACAUUGGAGAGUCGUCAUGCUGGUUUGAGAAUUCAUCACCUGGACAUUUGAUAUUCUUUUUGGUCCCAAUUGGAAUACAAAUUUCAAUUAAUUUUGUGUUGUUUAUUAUAACAGCAAUUCAUUGUAACCGUGUCAAAGCAGAAAUCCAUCGAAUGCAAAUGAAUGAUAAUAACGAACAAAAGAAGAAACGUUAUAUUGCUGAUAAAGCGAUCUUUCUAAUGAACUUGAAGCUUUUCAUUGUAAUGGGAAUUUCGUGGUUGCUGGAAAUCAUGGCAACAGUUUACGAUAAUAAACCAUGGUGGUACGUGUCGGAUGGCUUCAAUCUGCUUCAAGGUGUUCUCGUCUUCUUCAUAUUCGUGUUUAAGCGAAAAGUUCUUGUAGCAUUCCAGAAGAAGCUAGGCAUUCGUUCCAUUGGAUUCCGUCCGAAAACGCCAGGUUCAACAUCAACUCACAUGUCAACAGUGGAACUUCACUCAACAGCUUUAAGCAAAUAUAAUGGAAAGAUGUUGAAAAGCAACAGCUCAUCGACGCUUACAAAUACGACAGUAAACCUUAUUAAGAAUUAG